AUGGCCCAACAACAGAAUGAUAAUGUGAUGCGGAGGUACGCGCAGCCUGCUUAUUUUUCUCUUGGGUCUAUUGGUGCUUUUCUCAAACUGCCCCAUCGUACGAGCCGGGACACUCAGCCGAGACCCCCUCUCUCGGUCGAUGGAAGUGGCAUUGUUGAAGAGAAGCUCGUGAUUAUCGGCGACGGUGCCUGUGGAAAAACAAGUCUGCUAAGUGUCUUCACACUAGGCUACUUUCCAACUCAUUACGUGCCCACGGUAUUCGAAAACUAUGUGACCGAUUGUCGAGUUGAUGGCCGAUCGGUGCAGUUGGCUCUUUGGGAUACAGCAGGCCAAGAAGACUACGAGCGGUUGCGGCCGCUGGCAUACUCGAAAGCACAUGUUCUGUUGAUUGGUUUCGCGGUGGAUUCUCCAGAUUCACUGGAGAAUGUGAAACACAAGUGGAUCGAAGAAGCUAACGAACGAUGCCCCGGCGUCCCCAUCAUCCUUGUCGGCCUGAAGAAGGAUCUCCGCGAAGAUCCAUUGGCCAUUGAAGAAAUGCGCAAAAAGUCCCUGAAAUUCGUAACGCCCAAAGAGGGCAAUGAGACGGGGGCUCAGGUUGGCGCUCGCAAGUAUCUCGAGUGCUCGUCCCUCACGGGCGAGGGUGUCGAUGAUGUCUUCGAGGCAGCCACCCGAGCUGCUCUGCUGUCCUUCGACAAGCGCAAGAGCUCCUGCUGCAUUGUUCUAUAA